AUGAACACUGCUUCUAUCCGAAAGGUACAGCUUUUGUCGCCAUCUAAACGUGUUAAAAGUAGCAGUAGUAGUAAGGAAGAAGAGCCGUCAUCUCCACCGCCGUCGAUGACAACGACGACGACCACGACGGAAGAUAUGGCAGAGGCGACUGGUUCAGAAAAAAACGAAGAUGCUUCAGGACAUAUUGUCGAUCAACCACCAACCAAAUUCACAGAAGCUGAUCUGCAAGCUAUCAAACUAACCAGUGACACACUGAAGCGCAAUCCAAAGAUGUAUUUCAGUAAAACCGAUCUACUAAAGCUUCUUAGCUAUCUGGAGGGAGAGCUACAAGCCCGAGACGUAGUCAUUGCUGUGUUGAAGACGGAAAAGGUUAAACAAUUACUGAGUACACCACGAUAUAGCAAAUCUACCAAUUUAAAUGAUCCCCAUGCUGCCCUCUAUCGGGGUAAUCUUGCUUCUAGUGGAAACAUCGCCAGUCGACAGUCUUCCAUCCAAGCAGCUCAUUCCGAACACGAAAUGCCUGUUCAGGAACUGGAAGAAGAACGUCGAAAACACGAGCAUACCACCGCUCAAGGUGAUGAUAUCACGUACGGAUUGGAAAUUGAACGAUCAAGGCUGAAACAGGAAUUGGACCUCGAGAAGGAACAGCGGAAAGUAAUGGAAUUAGAGGUGAAAAAAAUUGAGGAGCAGUUCGAGGCGGAGAAAAACCGUCGAAAACAAAUUGUGCUGCUGUUGCUGGUAGAGCGUAAAAAGAUUAUAAUCAAGUACAUUGAAGAACGUAAGCCCAGUGAGGACCUGGCACAGAUUCUGUCGGAGGAAAAAAUGCGGGUUGAUACUAUUGCAGAAGGGCUAGAGGAGGAAAGCAAAAAUUCACUACGGAUGGAGGCAGAACUGGAAACCCAAGCUCAUCAGUUCGAUAUGGAGCGGAAAAUAUUACAUCAAAGUUUAGCUUAGGAAGAGAAAAGGAUCAAAGAACAAGAUUUAGAAAUACAGCAGCUGAAGGCCGAAUUGGAACUACUGCGUAAACAGAUGGGCACUCGACAUCCAAUCAUUGCUCCGCAAUUUCCAACAAAGCUUGGUGGGUUGAUGCCGUCUCGACCCUCGAUUGGAGGAGUAGCACCAGCGACUGGAAUAGCACGUUUGGUGUCUCCGGAUCAGUUGAUACGCCAAACAGCGAUUUCGCAGGUCUCGGUGACAUCGCCUCCAAAUGGAUCGGUGCCAGUUUCGAACUCAGCACUCGCAUCCAUACGCCUUCACGUCCACGGCCAAGGAAAUAUACCGCGACGAAUGCCUGAAGAAGUGUUGUGA